GUAUAUGUAGCACUAAUGCCUUACAAAAAUAGUUACCAUUCUCCCUGUACAUCUUUUCAGUCUGAAUAGUGUCUGUGGACCUUUCCCCAAGAAUACACUCUCUCGCUAUAAAUAUCCAACUCUACCCACCAGCUACUUCCCGCACAGCCAUCUCCGUUCUCACCAACCUGCCCCUUAAUCAUGGCACCCCUCAACAUCCUCAUAGUCGGCUGCAGCAUCGCCGGCCCCACGCUCGCAACCUUCCUCCUUCUCUCCCCUUCGCCAGCCUCCGCGAAGCCACGAAUCACCAUCCUCGAGCGCUCAUCCGCCCUCCGCACCCAAGGCCAAAACGUCGACAUCCGCGGCGUGGGCGUGACCAUCAUCCGCAAGCUCGGACUCGAGACCGCCAUCCGGGCCUCGACGACGGGCGAGGAGGGCGUCCAGUGGGUUACUAAGGAGAACCGUGUGUGGUCGUCGUUUCGGGCCAGUGGCGAUGAGAGAAUGCACUCGCCCACGAGCGACAUUGAGAUCAUGAGGGGUCGGCUGGCGGAUAUUUGCUGGAAGAGGAGCAAGGCGGUGAGCAACGAGGUGGAAAGGGAGGGGGGUCAGGGGAUAGAGUAUGUCUUUGGGGAUCAUCUCGACGAGUUGGAUCAAGAUGGGAUGAAGGUGCAUGUGCGCUUUGCCGAGAGCGGGGAGAGGCGGACCUUUGAUCUGGUUGUUGGGGCCGACGGCCUGCAGAGCCAGACGCGGAAGAUGGUCUGGGGUGCUGAGGGAGAGGAGGAAAGGGUGCACCGGCUGGAUGUGUAUGGCGCAUUCUUCAGCAUCCCGCAGGGGGAGACCGAUACAAUGUGGCGGCGCUGCUUCCAUACCGAAGGCCGACGGGUGAUUAUGGUGAGGCCGAGUGAGGAAAGUGGCCGUACGACAGUGUUCCUCCACGUGGCUAAUGAGAAGGACAAGAGGUUUCCCGAGGUUGCGACGAGCGGGCAUGACAGCGUGGAGGCGCAGAAGGCUCUAAUAAAGGAGUAUUUCCAGGAUGCUGGUUGGGAGAGCGAGCGGAUCAUCAGGGAGAUGAUGGCGACGAAGGAUUUCUACUACGAAAUCGUGGCCCAGGUCAAGAUGGACCGAUGGAGCAAAGGGAGGGUGGUAUUACUGGGCGAUGCUGCCUACUGCGCCUCGCCCAUGUCGGGCAUGGGCACAACGUUGGCCAUGUAUGGUGCAUACAAUCUGGCCGGGGCUCUUUCGUGUUAUCCGGACGAUCCCACACUUGCAUUCGCCGAGUACGAGGAGAAAAUGCGGCCCUCCGUUGACCGCGCGCAGAAGUUGAUGCCUGGCAUGUUCCGCAUCAUGAAUCCAGAGACGGCAUGGGGAGUCUGGAUCGUGGAUACCAUCAUCAGCCUUCUGGUCUGGUCUCGUUUAGUGAAACUGCUCUUGAUGUUCAAGAAACCGGAGAGGAGCACUGUACCAGUCGAGGAGUACGGGCUCGGAGAGUUGCCAGAAUGGAGAGAGUAGGCCGAUGAUGGAUUUAAGGUGAACUCAGAUCUUCUUUAUGUCAACCUUGUGUUCUUGGAAGCUUUAACAAGACGCCGG